UCACUGGCAGGGGGUCUCCCAGGAACGCCACAGGAGCCAGAGGUCAAUGACAGUGGGGCAGAGAUCCUAGUGAUUGAGCCAUUUGCCAUCGAUCUGCAUCAAUGAUACAUCACAGCCAAAUACAUCUGAGUGGUGUAUAGGUCGGCGAGACCGUUAUACUACCCAGCAAGAUGGUGGCUUUGUCGCUGAAGAUCUGUGUCCGCCAGUGCAAUGUGGUGAAAACGAUGCAGUUUGAACCAUCCACGCCUGUGUACGAUGCCUGCAGGAUCAUCAGAGAGAGAGUACCAGAAGCUCAGACAGGACAAGCUUCAGAUUAUGGCCUCUUCCUGUCUGACGAUGAUCCCAGGAAAGGAAUCUGGCUUGAAUCUGGAAGAACCCUGGAUUACUACAUGCUGCGAAAUGGAGAUGUCUUGGAGUAUAAGAAGAAACAAAGGCCCCAAAAGAUCAAAAUGCUGGACGGUGCAGUUAAAACCAUCAUGGUGGAUGACUCAAAAACAGUUGGGGAGCUGCUUGUCACCAUAUGCAGCAGAAUAGGAAUCACCAACUAUGAGGAGUACUCCCUGAUUCAAGAGGUGACGGAGGAAAAGAAGGAGGAUGGAAUGGGGACACUGAAGAAAGACCGAACGCUGCUGCUACGAGAUGAGCGGAAGAUGGAAAAGCUUAAAGCCAAACUCCACACGGAUGAUGACUUGAACUGGCUGGACCACAGCAGGACAUUCAGAGAGCAGGGAGUGGAAGAAAGCGAGACUCUGCUGCUCAGGCGCAAGUUCUUCUAUUCGGACCAGAACGUGGACUCGAGGGACCCUGUCCAGCUAAACCUGCUCUAUGUUCAGGCAAGGGAUGAUAUAUUGAAUGGAUCCCACCCUGUCUCCUUUGAUAAGGCCUGUGAGUUUGCAGGGAUCCAGGCUCAGAUCCAGUUCGGACCCCACGCGGAGCACAAACACAAGCCCGGAUUCCUGGACCUGAAGGAGUUCCUACCAAAAGAGUACAUCAAGCAGAGAGGGUCCGAGAAGAAAAUAUUCCAAGAACAUAAAAACUGUGGAGAGAUGACGGAGAUUGAGGCAAAAGUAAAGUAUGUGAAGCUCGCCAGGUCCCUGCAGACAUAUGGAGUUUCCUUCUUCCUGGUGAAGGAAAAGAUGAAGGGUAAAAAUAAACUGGUCCCGCGGCUGCUGGGGAUAACCAAGGAGUCAGUGAUGCGAGUGGAAGAGAAGACGAAGGAUGUGGUGCAGGAGUGGCCUCUGACAACUGUCAAGAGAUGGGCUGCCUCCCCCAAAAGCUUCACCCUGGAUUUCGGAGAGUACCAGGAGAGUUACUACUCUGUCCAGACUACAGAGGGAGAGCAGAUAUCCCAACUUAUUGCUGGAUACAUUGAUAUCAUUCUUAAGAAGAAGCAGAGUAAGGAUCGCUUUGGCCUUGAGGGAGACGAGGAAUCCACCAUGCUGGAGGAAUCGGUAUCCCCUAAGAAGUCCACAAUUUUGCAGCAGCAGUUUAAUCGGGUCGGUCGUGUGGAGCAUGGCUCAGUAGCACUUCCGGGCAUAAUUCGGUCUGGGUCUAUUGGUGGCCCUGACACCUUCAAUGUGGGCACUAUGCCCUCUGCUCAGCAGCAAAUCACCACAGGGCAGAUGCACAGAGGACACAUGCCCCCACUGAGUCUAGCUCAGCAGGCCCUGAUGGGGACCAUCAACAGCAGUAUGCAGGCUGUGCAGCAGGCUCAGGCUGACCUGGGAUAUGUAGAUAAUCUGCCUCCCCUGGGCCACGACUUGGCAUCCAGGGUUUGGGUUCAGAACAAAGUGGAUGAAUCCAAACAUGAAAUCCACUCUCAAGUUGAUGCCAUCACUGCUGGAACAGCAUCUGUGGUCAAUCUCACAGCAGGUGAGCCCACAGAAACUGACUACACAGCAGUAGGCUGCGCCAUCACCACCAUUUCCUCCAACCUCACGGAAAUGUCUAAGGGUGUUAAGCUGCUAGCGGCGUUAAUGGACGAUGAGGUGGGCAGUGGACACAAGCUCAUGGGUGCUGCCAGGAUGCUGGCAGGAGCUGUGUCAGAUCUUCUCAGAUCUGUUGAGCCUGCAGCCGCUGAGCCCAGACAGACGGUGCUUACUGCGGCAGGAAGCAUCGGACAGGCCAGCGGGGACCUCCUCCGUCACAUGGGGGAGGGCGAGACCGAUGAGAAGUUCCAGGACACCCUGAUGAAUCUGGCCAAAGCAGUCGCCAAUGCAGCUGCUAUGUUGGUCCUGAAGGCCAAGAACGUGGCCCAGGUAGCUGAGGACACCAUAUUGCAGAACCGGGUGAUUGCAGCUGCCACUCAGUGUGCCCUGUCCACCUCACAGCUGGUAGCCUGCACCAAGGUGGUAAGCCCAACCAUCAGCUCCCCAGUGUGUCAGGAGCAGCUUGUCGAGGCAGGGAAGCUGGUGGACCGCUCUGUGGAAACCUGUGUCAAGGCUUGCCGGUCGGCCAGCGACGAUGGCGAGCUGCUGAAGCAAGUCGGGGCAGCAGCUGGUGUGGUGAGCCAGGCCCUCACUGACCUGCUGCAGCAUGUCCGCCAUUAUGCCAGCUGUGGGGAGCCCAUUGGACGUUACGACCAGGCCACAGACACAAUCAUGAACGUGACAGAAAACAUUUUCACUUCAAUGGGUGAUGCUGGUGAGAUGGUGCGUCAGGCCAGAGUGUUGGCCCAGGCCACCUCUGACUUGGUCAAUGCCAUGAGAUCUGAUGCAGAGGCCGAAGUUGAUGUUGACAACUCCAAGAAACUGCUGGCUGCAGCCAAACUCCUGGCUGAUGCCACAGCUAGGAUGGUGGAGGCUGCUAAGGGGGCGGCUGCCUACCCAGAGAAUGAGGACCAGCAGCAGAGGCUCAGAGAGGCAGCUGAGGGGCUACGUGUAGCCACUAAUGCUGCAGCUCAGAAUGCCAUUAAGAAAAAACUGGUCAACAGGCUGGAGAUAGCUGCUAAGCAGGCAGCGGCUGCAGCUACUCAGACCAUCGCAGCUGCUCAAAAUGCUGCUGCCUCCAACAAAAAUACUGUCUCACACCAACAGCUAGUACACAGCUGCAAGGCAGUAGCAGAUAGCAUUCCCCAGUUGGUGCAGGGGAUGAGGAGCAGCCAAGCACAGCCAGAGGAACUUGGUGCCCAGCUUGCCCUCAUAAUGGCUAGCCAGAGCUUCUUACAGCCUGGAAGUAAGAUGGUGACGUCUGCAAAGUCAGCAGUUCCAACGGUGGCUGACCAGGCUGCUGCUAUGCAACUGGGCCAGUGUGCCAAGAACUUGGCUACCUGCCUGGCUGAGCUCAGGACUGCCACCCAGAAGGCCCAUGAAGCCUGUGGUCCUCUGGAGAUCGAUUCAGCCCUCAAAACUGUACAGACACUCAAGUGUGAGCUUCAGGAUGCCAAGAUGUCUGUCAUUGAUGGCCAACUCAAACCUCUUCCCGGGGAAACGCUGGAGAAGUGUGCUCAGGAUUUAGGAAGUACAUCUAAGGCUGUGGGCUCCUCCAUGGCCCAGUUGCUGACAUGUGCUGCACAAGGCAAUGAACAUUAUACAGGUGUGGCUGCCAGAGAAACAGCACAGGCUUUAAGGACAUUGGCUCAGGCAGCCAGAGGAGUGGCAGCCAGCACCAGGGAGCCCCAGGCUGCAGCUGCAAUGCUGGACUCAGCCCAGUAUGUCAUGGAGGGCUCGGCCAUGCUGAUCCAUGAAGCCCAUCAGGCCCUGGUUCAUCCAGGAGAUGCUGAGAGUCAGCAGAGACUGGCACAGGUGGCCAAAGCAGUGUCGCACUCCCUGAAUAAUUGUGUGAACUGCCUGCCAGGCCAGAAGGAUGUUGACAUGGCCCUCAGGAGCAUCGGAGAGGCCAGUAAGAAGCUGCUGGUGGACAUUCUCCCUCCCUGCAUUAAGACAUUCCAGGAGGCCCAGACUGAUCUGAACCACACAGCAGCUGAACUCAACCACUCUGCAGGCGAGGUCGUCCACUCCUCUCGUGGAACGAGCAGCCAGCUGGCUGCGGCCUCUGGGAAGUUCAGCCAAGACUUUGAUGAGUUCCUGGAUGCUGGCAUUGAGAUGGCAGGACACACCCAAAGCCAGGACGACCAGAUCCAAGUCAUUGGUAAUCUGAAGAACAUCUCCAUGGCGUCCAGUAAGCUGCUGCUGGCUGCCAAGUCUCUGUCUGUGGAUCCAGGUGCUGCCAACGCCAAAAAUCUUCUAGCUGUGGCAGCAAGGGCAGUGACAGAGAGUAUUAACCAGCUGAUCACGCUCUGUACCCAGCAAGCAGCAGGACAAAAGGAGUGUGACAACGCCUUGAGGGAGUUGGAGGCUGUCAGAGGCCUCCUAGAUAAUCCCAAUGAGCCUGUCAGCGAACUCUCCUACUUUGACUGCAUCGAGAGCGUCAUGGAGAAUUCAAAGGUCCUAGGAGAGUCAAUGGCAGGCAUUUCUCAGCACUGUAAGACAGGUGAUGUGGCAGCCUUCGGGGAGAGCGUAGGUGUGGCGUCCAAAGCUCUGUGUGGGCUGACGGAGGCUGCAGGACAGGCCUCUUAUCUUGUAGGUGUGUCUGAUCCCAACAGUCAGUCAGGCCAUGAGGGGCUGGUGGAUCCCAUCCAGUUUGCAAGGGCCCACCAGGCUAUACAGAUGGCUUGUCAGAACUUAGUGGACCCAGCCAGCAGUCCAUCACAGGUCUUGUCUGCAGCAACAAUUGUAGCGAAGCACACCUCAGCUCUCUGUAACGCCUGCCGCCUGGCCUCCUCUAAGACAUCCAACCCUGUGGCUAGGAGGCAGUUUGUCCAGUCAGCCAAAGAGGUGGCCAACACCACAGCCAACCUUGUCAAAACCAUCAAGGUCAACUCCCCAACCGAUCAAAACGCUUUAGAUGGGGAUUUUUCAGAAGACAACAGAAAUAGGUGCCGCGUUGCUACGACCCCACUUCUUGAGGCUGUAGAAAACCUGUCAACAUUUGCCAAUAACCCUGAGUUUGCGAGCAUCCCAGCUCAGAUCAGCAAUGAGGGCUCUGCAGCUCAGGAGCCUAUUGUGCGUUCAGCCCGCUCCAUGCUUGAUAGCUCCACUUACCUUUUGGAAACAGCCCGAUCACUGGUCCUCAACCCCAAAGAUCCUCCCACGUGGUCCAUACUAGCUGGUCACUCCAGAACCGUUUCUGAUUCCAUCAAGAGCCUCAUCACCUCCAUCAGGGACAAGGCACCAGGGCAGAGGGAGUGCGAUUACUCCAUUGAUAACAUCAAUAAGUGUAUCCGGGACAUUGAGCAAGCUUCCCUAGCUGCAGUUGGACAGACCUUGCCCUGCAGAGAUGAUAUCUCCAUGGAAGCACUCCAGGAGCAGCUGACAUCCUCUGUGCAGGAGAUUGGGCAUCUGAUUGAUCCUGUCUCCACAGCGGCCCGAGGCGAAGCUGCCCAACUAGGACACAAGGUGACCCAGCUGGCCAGUUACUUCGAUCCACUCAUUGUGGCAUCGGUGGGUCUGGCCUCUAAGCUGCACGACCACCAGCAGCAGAUGACCAUCCUAGACCAGACCAAGACCCUGUCUGAGUCUGCCCUGCAGAUGCUUUAUGCUGCUAAGGAAGGAGGGGGAAACCCAAAGGCGUCCCACACACACGAUGCCAUCUCUGAAGCAGCCCAGCUGAUGAAGGAGGCUGUGGACGACAUCAUGGUGACUCUGAAUGAGGCAGCCAGUGAGGGAGGCAUGGUUGGAGGCAUGGUAGAGUCCAUUGCUGAGGCCAUGGGCAGGGUUGAUGAAGGAACUCCUCCUGAACCUGAGGGUUCCUUUGUGGACUACCAGACCACCAUGGUGAAGUUCUCCAAGGCCAUUGCCAUCACUGCACAGGAGAUGAUGACUAAAUCGGUAACCUGCCCUGAAGAGCUCGGUGGCCUUGCUUCUCAGGUGACUGUUGACUAUGGACAGCUAGCACACCAAGGACGCCUUGCUGCUGCGACUGCAGAGCCAGAAGAGGUUGGCUUCCAGAUAAAGACACGGGUGCAAGAGCUGGGCCACGGCUGUAUCUAUCUGGUCCAGAAAGCUGGAGCCCUACAGCUCAGCCCCACUGACAGCUUUUCCAAAAGGGAGCUCAUCGAGUGUGCUCGCGCAGUCACAGAGAAGGUGUCCUUGGUACUGUCAGCACUGCAGGCGGGUAACAAAGGAACCCAGGCUUGUAUCACAGCAGCCAGCGCUGUUUCUGGCAUCAUUGCUGACCUGGACACCACCAUCAUGUUCGCCUCAGCUGGAACACUGAACCCUGAGAAUGAAGAGUCUUUUGCUGACCACAGGGAGAGCAUCUUGAAGACAGCCAAGGCGCUGGUGGAGGACACCAAGCUGCUGGUUGCUGGAGCUGCGUCCAGCCAGGAGAAACUGGCCCAGGCUGCCCAGUCUUCAGCCAAGACCAUCACCCAGCUCACUGAGGUGGUCAAACUGGGAGCGACCAGCAUGGGCUCUGAGGACCCAGAGACACAGGUGGUUCUGAUAAACGCAGUGCGGGAUGUGGCCAAGGCUCUGGCUGAACUCAUCGGUGCCACCAAAUGUGCUGCCGGCAAGCCUGCUGACGACCCGUCCAUGUAUCAGCUUAAGAGCGCCGCCAAGGUCAUGGUGACCAACGUGACGUCUCUUCUAAAAACAGUGAAGGCAGUGGAAGAUGAAGCGACUCGCGGGACAAGGGCACUGGAGGCCACCAUUGAGUGCAUCAAGCAAGAGCUGACAGUGUUCCAUUCCAAGGACGUCCCAGACAAGUCCACCACACCCGAGGAGUUCAUCCGCAUGACAAAGGGCAUCACCAUAGCAACAGCCAAGGCAGUGGCUGCAGGCAACUCUGCUCAGCAGGAGGAUGUGAUCGCCACUGCCAACCUAAGCCGCAAAGCCAUCUCCGAUAUGCUGACUACCUGCAAGGUGCUAAUCCACACCGCCCUGCCAGAACAGGCCUCACACAGACAUCACCAGGCUGCCAGAGAACAUCAAGCAGCUUUCCACCCAGAAGUGAACGAGGAACUGAGAAGCAAGGCCCUGCAGUACAGCUCUGAGUGCACCACCGGAUACAUCAACCUUCUGGAGCAAGUGCUGCAGGUGCUGCACAAGCCCAUGCCCGAGCAGAAGCAGCAGCUGGCCAUACACUCAAAGCAUGUGGCAGCGUGUGUGACAGAGCUCGUCCAGACAGCUGAGGCCAUGAAGGGAUCAGAGUGUGUGGACCCCGAGGACCCCACUGUCAUUGCCGAGACCGAACUCCUCGGAGCAGCAGCGUCCAUUGAAGCUGCAGCCAAGAAACUAGAGCAGCUGAAACCCAGAGCCAAGCCCAAGCAGGCAGAUGAGACCCUGGACUUUGAGGAGCAGAUAUUAGAAGCAGCAAAGUCCAUCGCUGCAGCAACUAGUGCUCUUGUUAAAUCUGCAUCAGCCGCUCAGAGAGAGCUGGUGGCACAAGGCAAGGUUGGAUCCAAUCUAGCCAAUGCGGUAGAUGACGGCCAGUGGUCCCAGGGUCUCAUAUCAGCUGCACGUAUGGUAGCAGCAGCCACCAGUAGCCUGUGUGAGGCAGCUAAUGCCUCAGUGCAGGGCCACGCCAGUGAGGAGAAGCUCAUCUCUUCAGCCAAACAGGUUGCGGCGUCCACGGCUCAACUGCUGGUAGCCUGCAAGGUGAAGGCUGACCAGGAUUCUGAAGCCAUGAGGAGACUCCAGGCUGCUGGAAAUGCAGUGAAGCGAGCUUCAGACAACCUGGUGAAGGCGGCUCAGAAAGCAGCAUUUGACAAGACUGAAGAUGACAGUGUUGUGGUAAAGACCAAAUUCGUUGGAGGCAUAGCUCAGAUCAUUGCGGCUCAGGAGGAGAUGCUGAGGAAGGAGCGAGAGCUGGAGGAAGCGCGGAAGAAGCUGGCUCAGAUCCGACAGCAGCAGUACAAGUUCCUGCCCAGUGAGCUGAGGGAGGACGAGGGCUGAUUG